AUAAAAAUAAAAAGCCAGAGACAGUCAAUCGACAAUUCAGAAGAAUAUUACCCACACCCCCCUUAAAAAAAGAAAAAAAGAAAAAAAAAAAGAUUAAUCAAAAGGAAAAUAACAGGGACACCGAUGAGUGAUACAUAGCAUUAUCCUGGAAAAACUAACUGCAGUAAAACCUAAAUCUUUGGGAACCACAUUUGCAGUAAAACCUUAAUGUGACCCCUGUCUUUGAUCCAAUAGCACGGCAUGGAGACAGGAAAAUUAAAGUUUUCCUUCAUUAAGCAAGGUGAAAAUAAAAAAGAAACCUCAAUGUAUAGCUUGAAUAGCUAUUUUCUCCUUCGCUUCCUCAGUUGCUGACAUCUGUUCAGUGAGGAAGGCAUCUUAGGAGCUCAGAUCAGUUAAGAGUCCUUCUCCCAGGCUAUAAUCUCUCUAAUCCACAGUCUCCUACGUAUCCAACAGAUGUACUUAUGUAAUUCCAAUUCCAUUCAUUGACAUAAAACAGAGAAAUCUUU